AUGUAUCACCGGCUUUAUGAAACGCCGGUCCAUCUUCUGAUAACGAGGCGUACGCACACUGCACUGCGGUUGCCGCAUUCGUACCAGACGGAGCACAAGGAGGGGGCUCGUUGA